AACUGGCAUGUUGAAAAACGUGAUGGUUAUGUAUGGGAAGGAUAUAACACGCGGGGCCAUUUCGUAACCCACUGAUAACUAUUCCGUUACGUAAAUAAAUAUCACGGGGACAAACACGUUCCCUAACGUGUCAUCGGCUAUAUAUGACCCCAGCAGCUUUGUGGAGUCUAACAAAUUCCGACGGAACGUUAAAUCUAACAUUCUUACGAGUCAUAAAUCAAGAAAACCCAAUCAUGCUUGCCCUUGGAACCUUUCUCGCUGUUAUCGGGGUAGCACAAUCAGCCGGAGGAAUCCUGCUAGAUGCAUCCAUUCCUCGUGUUGCUCCGUGGUUUUGUCACGACCUCGAGUGCCCCAGAUAUAACGUGAAGUCUUCGAACGACAAAUUUGAAAUUCGCAACUACGAGCCGUCUGUCUGGGUGGCCACAAAUUUGACAGCAAUGACAUACACGAGAGCUGAAAACACCAUGAUGUUUUUCAAACUGUUCGGCUACAUUGCAGGCAACAAUUCAUUACAUAUGAAAAUCGCAAUGACGGCACCAGUUCUUACGGAAGUGUAUCACGGUCAAGGUCCGGACUGUGAAAGCAACUUCACUAUGCGCUUUAUGGUCCCCUUUGCCCUUCAAGCCAACCCACCCGCCCCCUUGGACCCUACGGUUUUCAUUGAUAGACAGCCCGCCAUAACAGUGGCAGUCAGGCAAUACGGCGGCUUCAGCACAGAUGAAUUGAAAAUGGAAAAUCUCGUAGAACUAACGGAGGCACUUGACAAUGCGACUAUACCUUAUGUUGGCAACAUGUUCCUUACCGCGGGAUACGAUGGCCCGUACUCUUUCAAGAACCGACACAACGAAAUCUGGGUUGUACCAAUGUGAACGGAAAAUAUUUUGAGGCGCUUAUAUGUGCCUCAAAAUAUAUAUGAAGGGAAUAUGUGUGUGACAUAUUUAGAACAUCGGCUUGCUCUAUAGAGCUGAAAAAUAUUACGUGCCAAUGGAACUUAUUUGCGUUAAGUUAGUAAAACAACGAAACGUACUUUUAACAAACAUUCGUUUAACAUACGCAAUAUUUUAUCUGCUUGUAUUAUUUACGGCGAGAUAAUAACGUAAAUAUAGAUAUAUAAUUGAACGACUGCUCAAAAUAUAUCAGCCAAGGGAGACUACAGAUACACUUUAUUGUUUUCAAGUUGUUUGUAACAUUUAUUUCAUGGGACAUGUCAUUUGACUGCAUCGAAUUUUGGGUUCGACAAAGAUUUGAAAACAAUGUCUCUUUCAUACAAAGUUGAGAUCUGCUUUCAUUUAUAUGUGUUCCUCAGAUGUGUUUGCAUAAUCACAAAUACGUUAACGGUGGUCAACGGUCGUGAUAUUGUGUUACAUGUACUUCUUUUGAGAAUGGUCGAUGCUUGUACUGAUGUUUUGCAUUCAACUGUAUUAAGUAAUUGAAUCGUGUUACUUUACACAAUUAUCUUUGUAGCAUUUUCGUCUCGUUACAUUAUGUGUAUAUUUAUGUAAAUAGUUGCAAACAUUGUUAAAUAAAUGAAUGUUUUUAA